GAAUAAUUAGGCAGCGUGACAAAAAACGUGUAUUAUACGAUUAACACAAAUAAGUAAAACACAAUGAAUACUGUCACAAAUACUCCGAUUUCAGAGGCAUAGGAGUAUAUUAAUUUUUGAAGUCAUAAAAACUUCAGUACUAGUGCUAAUAAAAACGUUCAUAAUAAUUUUGUGUCUCUACAUUAUUAAAAAUAGGGGGGGGGCAGUGAAAUAGCCACUUGUCCAUGUGUUAUUAUGGAGGAUACUUGGUGGCAAAUAGCAAUUGUAUGGAGGGGGGUUGUUUGUUUGCGUUACCAUGAUGUACGUUCACUAGGGGUUUUAUGUACACAAGGGUUUUAAGAGUUCUUAUAUUCAGGAAUUAAUUAGUAUUGAUGUACUGUCAUUAUUAGAUGUUUUGUAUAAGAUAUCUCUCUAUAGCCUAAUACUUCAAAAUGCUUUCAGAAAAACGUAAAAAAGUAAGAUAUUCAACAGACCCAAAUGGGAAUCUUUGGGCUGCCAAUCCCAACAAUUUUGGCAGAAAAAUGCUUGAAAAAUAUGGUUGGUCUCCUGGAAAUGGUUUAGGAAAAAACAGCAACGGUAUUAAAGCCCCUAUAAAGGCUUCCAUACAGAAAGGCACACGGGGGUUGGGUAUGAAGUCGGACUUUUGUUUGGGUAUCCGGCAGAUUAAUGAAUACGCAAGUCUUCUGCGUAAGCUUAACAACGCCCACAGUAGUUCUGACAAAACAAAUGCAAUCAGUGAAUGUUUACCCACGAGUUGGAGAAAAGGUAUGAAGACUUUAAGGUCAAAGGAUGCAUCUAAGUAUGAUCAGCAAGAUCUAUCCAUUGUUCUUGGACAUACUCAGUCAUUUUUGGAAGAAAAAAUAGCCUCGCCAAAUGCUCCUGCAAAGGAAUCUGGUUGUCAAAUUCCUAGUGUGAUAAGUCCAAUGUCUGUCUCCGAAUAUUUUGCUAAAGCAAAGAAACACAGACUCCAAAGCGAGCCACAAACUUGUGAUUUGGUUGAUGUCAAGUCAGCCAAGUCAAUUGAAAUCAUCGUCCCGGUUGAUCAACACGUUACAUCAAACUCUGUUUCAGUAAAGAUCAAUGAUAACGAAGGGUUCGAAUGUAGGAAAAUUGAAGAGAUAUCAAACCAUGAAGACGUCGAACUGAUCAUGCCACCACUAGAUCCUGAUAAAAAAAUAAGGCGUGUCGAAACUGUAAAUGCAGGAGAAAGUAUGUAAUGUCUUAUGGUGAAUUACCAUUUUCUUAGAUGUCAUUAAUUCUCUAUUCGUGCAGUCCAACUUAUUGUCGAUGCCUGGGUACUGUUAUUACUAAUUAUUUCUGAGUAAAAAUUGUACUGACCAGUUUGUUGUUAUAUUCAUGGCAAUCUCAAAGUAACAAAGAAUCGCAUCUUGUAUGUAUUGCUAAAUAAUGGUGAGGUAACACUUACGUAAGGCCAUUCGAUGUUUACUUCAGUUUCUAGUAGUUGCGUUUUUAUUAUUUUGAAGCGCUGAAACCUAGUGUUUUUGCAGCUAGGUAACUACGCUUACUUUGAUAUUGCUAUGUGAUUAUAUAGUUAUACAUGUUAUAACGAUUAAAAAAGUAAUUUCCGUAUCCGUGAUGUGGUUGUUAGACGACUAUAAACCUUAUAAAUAUUUAAUGAUUGAAAUACGC